AUGUCAACAUCGUAUCCCAAUAAUACCCAAGCAACCGUUGUUUAUGUUUCAUACGAAGGUUGUUGUUAUGAAGUACGAAUACGUAGCGAUAGUGAUGCACGAAUACUUGAUAUUCUGUACGGUUUACAACGUGCUCUAUGCAUUCCACAGUAUGAAAUGAUGCUAUGUUACGCUCAACAACGAAUUGAUUGUCAUCAGUUUUGUACACUUCGUUCGCUUGGAAUACCUGAGGGUUCAACACUCCAUUUAUAUCGAUGUUUAUAA